AUGGGAGAAACAACGUCCAACGGGGACGUCAACACACAGGACGUGCUGGAGACAGUGAAUACCUAUGCGAAAGAGGUACCGAAGCAGGAUGCGACAGGAUACGAAAUUCCUGACAGCUAUCUGGGUCAAUUGCGGCCCGUGAAGAUUCUCAUCAUUGGAUUUGGUGCUGCAGCCAUCAACAUUGCACAUGUUCUGGGACAGAAUAAGCAGAACAAUGUUGUCGUCCAAUGCUAUGAGAAAAAUCCAGAGGUUGGAGGCACUUGGUAUGAGAAUCGGUAUCCUGGUUGUGCAUGCGACAUUCCAGCAGUAAAUUACCAAUUUUCAUGGCACCCGAAGCCAGAUUGGACCUCAUAUUAUGCAACUUCCCAAGAAAUCCUGGGUUACUUCAAAGAAAUUGUCGCCGCCCAUAAUCUCGAGGGCUAUGUCAAAUUGAACCAUAAGGUCUCUGGAGCAUGGUGGGACGAGGAAAGAGGCAAAUGGCGCAUCAGGGUCGAAUCGGCUAACGACCCCACGACCACCUUCGAGGAUGAAGGAGACAUCUUAAUCAACGCAACCGGAGUCUUGAAUAACUGGAAGUGGCCCCAGGUUCCUGGUGUCGAAAAGUUCAAAACAAAGGUUCACAGUGCGAAUUGGGAUGAGGGCAUCGAUUUGGAGGACAAGGUUGUCGGAAUCAUUGGAAACGGCAGUAGUGCUGUUCAGAUCAUACCGGCGAUCUUCCCAAAAGUGAAAAAGAUCAAAUCUUUCAUGAGAUCGUCAACUUGGAUCACUGCUGGCUUUGCACAAAAGUAUGCUGGCGAGGACGGGGCCAAUUUCAAUUAUACCGAAGAACAAAAAAAGCUAUUCCGCGAGGAUCCCGCCGAAUAUCUCAAAUAUCGAAAGCUUGUCGAGGAAGAAUUGAACCAGAGGUUCAAGUUCAUUAUCAAUGGAACGCCGGAGCAGAAAGAAGCACUCGAUUUUGCAAGAAUGGAGAUGUCGAGGAAGCUCAACGGCAGGAGUGAUCUAAUCGCCAAAAUGAUGCCGACAAAUUACGCCGUCGGUUGUCGAAGACCAACUCCCGGAAAUGGCUACCUGGAAUGCAUCACUGACGAGAACAAAUGUAUCGUCAAUUUCGAAGGCAUUCAGGAGAUCACUUCGACAGGCCUCAUCACGCGCGACGGUCAACACCAUGACUUUGAUGUUCUCGUCUGUGCCACAGGAUUCGACGUGAGCUUCAAGCCUAAUUAUCCAGUUGUCGGCAAGAACGGGCUUGACUUAGCACAAGCUUGGGCAAAGCAACCUAAUACCUAUCUCAGCGCCACUGUCCCACAAUUCCCUAAUUAUUUCAUGAUCAACGGCCCUUUUGGACCAUACGGUCAUGGGUCGAUCUUGCCUGUUAUCGAAAUCAUCACCAGGUACCUGGAAAAAUUCAUCACAAAACUUCAGCGCGAGAAUAUCAAAGCAUUCUACCCUAAACAAGCGGCAGUCGAAGACUUUAAGCAACACCGAGAGUUGUUCCUCCUACGUACCGCGUGGAGCUCCCCGUGUCGGUCCUGGUUCAAAGGAGGCACAGUCGACGGACCAAUCAUGAUGUGGCCCGGCAGUCGAUUACACUUUUUCGAGGCUCUCGCAGAGCCCAGGUAUGAGGACUACGAGUGGGAGUAUCUUAGUAAGAACAGAUUCUCGUACUUUGGAAACGGUUUUAGCCAAAGAGAAAUAGACGGCCGAGACAUCACUUGGUACAUAGACAGUGUCUAG